AUGACUCAACGUAGUAACAAGCAUGCAAAAAUCGGACCAAGCAAGAAAUCAACUUGUAUCAAAAAGAAUGAUCAUGAGGAACAAUUUAUAUUUAUUGAUGCCACAUUUGGAGCUGGUGGCUAUACGACAGAAAUUUUGAAAAUGUAUCCGAACUCUAAAGUCAUUGGAAUUGACACAGAUUAUUACAGCAACCCUAUUAUUCAACAACAUGAAAAAUUAAUUCACGAUAAAUUUGGGAAAGAUCGACUUGAAGUGUACGGAGUAAAUUUUAGAAAUUUGAAACAACUAGUAACAGAGACGAUAUUGCCAAAGUUAGAUGUCAAACAGAAACCAAUUGGUUCACAUGUGAUUGACGGAAUAGUAUUUGAUUUAGGUGUGUCUUCAAUGCAAUUGGAUUAUGGCCACAGAGGUUUUUCUUUUUUAAGGGAUGGCCCGCUAGACAUGAGAAUGAAUCCAUCCGAUGAGAACUGCCCAACAGCUCGAGAGGUCCUCAAUAACAUGUCGGAAUUGGACUUGAGAAUGAUCAUUGCAAAAUUUGGUGAAGAGGAAAAUGCAUCUAAAAUUGCAAAAUCUAUUGUUCAUUACAGAAACAAUGUAAAACCAUUUGACACGACUCUAGAGUUGGCAAACCUUAUUGAAAGCAUUACACCAUUUAAGGAUCGAAAAAAGAAAAAAAUUCAUCCCGCUACAAAAACAUUUCAAGCUAUUAGAAUAUACGUAAAUGAUGAAUUGGGUGCUCUAGCUACUGCUUUAGACGCUACACGAGAUGUAUUAAAACUCGGUACUGGAAGGCUGGUCGUAGUGAGCUAUCAUUCACUUGAAGAUCGAAUUGCAAAAGAGUUUAUUAAGGAAAACAAUACGUACUUUAAGAAGGUCACAAAGAAAUUAGUAACCCCUGACGAAGAGGAGAUUGAAACUAAUGUGAGAAGUAGAAGUGCCAAACUUCGAUGUGCUCAAAGAACUGAUGUUGUUGAUUCCAACAUUUAG